GUUAGGUAGCCGUUAUCAGUGUAUUUGCACAGAACUGCCCAGGUUAGCUAGCUAGGUCUGCAAGCACAUUGUCGAUUGGCGCUCAGACAACUUCUCGCUCCUGCCUUAACCAGCUAGCUGGGGCGUUUGGUAGUUGGGACUGGUCCUUAGUUACUUAAUUUACCGAUUAAAGCAAACUCUUUCUGAAUGUCUUCAGAGAGAUAUAGGAAGUUAGCUGUUGUGAUAAAAUGUCAUAUAGCUAGCAAGCGAGUCCUCCUGCAUGAAUGAUGCAAAGUUACUUGCUGUCAAUAACCAGCUAACAGCUCAAUCUGAUGAACGUUUGUGUCAUAUAGUAGGUAGCGUGUAAAAAGGAGGACUGGUGGCGGUGGUGUCUGCUGUUGUAAGAAGCACAUCGGUGCAGAGAGAGACAAGUCCUGAAAGAUGACGACCGAGACCCACGUAAAAGACAUAAAGCCAGGACUGAAAAAUCUCAACGUCAUCUUUAUUGUGCUGGAGACAGGACGCGUGACUAAGACGAAAGAUGGGCAUGAGGUGCGGACCUGCAAAGUAGCAGACAAGACAGGCAGCAUCAGCAUCUCGGUAUGGGACGAGGUUGGAGGCCUUAUCCAGACGGGGGACAUCAUCCGACUCACUAAGGGGUACGCCUCAGUAUUCAAAGGUUGCCUCACUCUUUAUACUGGGAGAGGGGGUGAACUGCAGAAGAUUGGAGAGUUCUGUAUGGUCUACUCUGAAGUUCCGAACUUCAGUGAGCCAAAUCCAGAGUACUUGGCUCAGGUGAACAAAACGGUAAGAGUCCCACCCAUCCCCUGCAAAGACAAUGAUUCCCACGAUCAGGCACUCAAUGACCAGGGAAACGCAAUUAACAACAACAGCAACAACAGCAGCAGCAGCAGCAGCAACAGCAGCAGCAGUAGUGCCCCUGCCAGUGUGACUGUGAAUGAGACCACCAAUGGCAAUGGGGUAAGUGCCCCAGCUCCUAGCAGCUCCACCAAUCCACCGCAGUCAGGGAGAGGUGGCAGCAACAGCGGCAGCAGGGGAGCAGCCAAUCAGGGGGCAGGAGGGGCAGCCGUUAGCAACGGGAAGGAGACCCGGCGUUCUGCUAAGAGAUGAUUGGCAACCGGAGAACAGGAAGGUCCCUCCCUCACUGGAACACACAACGCGGGGACUGAUCUGUGCCACUAAAGACUGUCUCACAUACAGACUCCUGCAUCCUUCCGUCAACAUAGCCCCUGCCACGUCACCGCAUCACACAAGCCCUCUGGGUCGAGCUCUGGUCAGAGCCUAUGCUGGCCCGGGUUGGGGCAAGUGCAAUAGAGCUAUAUUUAGAUCCUCUGUACCUUGCACUGAGAGAAUCCAUCUUUCAAGCAAGUAAAUUGAUACCCACAUUGCAAGAACUGAAGCUCGCGUGAUUGCACUGUAUAAGAAAUAGUUUGUUACCAAUGGCUUCUUUAUGAGAGUUCAGACAGAGCCUAAAUGAAUUGUCAUUUAUUUUAAUGGGGAGCCAGGCCAUAGCAUGGCAGGCUGAUUAUAUGGAGUCCCAAGACUUUUAUGAGCAUUUUUGUACAGGUUUUAAUGGGUGCCCUGUUAUUAAUUGCUAAAUUUGUGUGCUACACGUACUGGAAAAUGUUCAGGACAACUACUGUCAAAUUUUAACCUUAAAUUUUGACUCUUUGGAAAUCACUUCACAAGUCUAACCAGGGGGACAGAGGCCAUCUUUCUCAUUUAUUAAACAUAUAAAAAUGUGAAAUUCUUCCUCUAAGCAAAUGGAUAAUUUCCCUGCUUCAACCCCAGAGGCUUUCCUGUCAGGUGAUGAAGUUCUACUGAGUUUAACAACAUACCCAAGGAUCAUGUCUAUAAACUAUAUUUGUUGUUUGAUGUCAUGUUUGAAUUUUUUUUUUGCUAUUGCACCAUUUGUUCCUUUUUUAAAAGAAAUGUUAAUGUCUAAUGUUAAUACUAAAGGUUAAUGUCUUAACAGUGCUCCAUUCAUAUGGGGUUUUCUGUGAAAUAAUCUACAAGUAACUUGUUGUGUCAUCAAUUUCAGUUGGAACAACUUUCAUUAAAACCAUUCUUUCUCUGUGU